AUGAAAGGUGGUGCGGUUGCUGGGAGCGCAGCGGUGGUGGAAGCCGGCUGCUCUGCAGCUGCAGCUGUCUCGAGCCGGUAUCCCGACCGCACUCAGAUUUGGACUGCCCCUGGCCCAGAAGACGCCACACACGAACGGAAAUAUGACGGAGUCAAGGCCGCUACGUCCUCCACGGCGAUUCUUUCUCCUCGCCCUCAACUUCGCGGCAAUUACGUUGACAAGAUAAAAAACUGUAGACAGUUGAAGCUCACUGGGGCGGUACCGUUCCUCGCUCUAAGAAAGGUGACCCUGGCAACAAUGGAAGAAUGGGACGUCAUUGCUGUUGUACGGGGUCAUUGCCUAAGAGAACCCCGUCAAGGAUGGCAUGCUAACCGCUACGGUGUUACGCUUCUGACAGAAGUAGGUGAUAAGGUGUUCUCCCUCAGGAGACGACCGUUAUUCCAAAUUGCUUCAUAA